CUGGGUUACAGAGGGCAUAGAGGAUCAGAGAGGCCAAGUGAGCUGCGCAACAUAGCCCAGCCUAGGAGGUCUGAAGCUCGAGCCAGCAUCUCCCCCAGACAGACACGAAGGCAUCAGAUUCAGUCACAGUGAGGAGUCCUGAUGUCGUUACUCUUAACCGAGCCCCUGCUACUUGCCUGAAGUUUGUCUUGCUGAUUAUCAUCAUGUGACUAAGGAGGGCUGUUAUCAUGUGACUUACACAUGAGGAAACUGAGACCCAGAGAGGUUGGGCAACUCACCCAAGACCACAACAGUGGAUUGCAGCUACAGGGAGGAUGGGGCUUGGGCCUCUCUUGGGGCCUUCUCUCUGUCCCCUGAGGAUCUAGCUCACAACCAGUGCUCAAUAAAGGCUCGUCCAGGUCUGGGUGGGGCAAGGCCACCCGUCCUUCAUUUGCAGCCCAGCGGCUUUGUUGGAGCACAAACGAAGGGCCAUGGGGGUUGUCCUGGUCCCGCCCAGGGGCUCACCUGCCGGAGGAAACAGGAACCACCAGGGCGUGGCCCCGCCCGGCCCUGCUGACGUGUGGGCCCUGAACCGAAACCCAGUCUCCUGCAAGCACGGCACAGGCACACCCAGAGCGAGGGCGACAGCCACCCAGGGGUCUCCCAGGGAUGCAGAGAGCUUGCUGGAAUCACAGCCGCUGGGAUCCUUCCUCAUCAGGGUCAGUCACAGUCACGUGGGCUACACGCUCUCCUACAAAGCCGAAAACUGCUACCGCCACUUUAUGGUGAAGCUCUUGGACAGCGGGAGCUUUGUAAUCCCUGGGGAGGACAGCACCCAUGCCUCGCUGGACGCCCUGAUCACCUUUCACCAACAGCAGCCAAUGCGGCCACAUGGCGAGUUGCUGAAGCAGCCCUGUGGGCAGAAGGAUCCAGCAAACGUGGAUUACGAGGAUCUCUUCCUUUACUACAAUGCUUUGGCUGAGGAAGCUGCCAGCCCCACCCCUGGUCCCAGUGAACAUCAGAAUCCUUCCUCCCAUCCAGUGGCUGCACCCAAGGAGGUCUCUGCAAAGCCGUCCCUGCUCCAUCAGCGAAAGGAAAGGAAGCCAUCCGCAGAGGUGAACAAAGUACCCACGGAGGGAGCUGCUUCCUCCUGCCCCCCAAAAGCCCCCCUGGAGGAGGCCUGUCAGAAACUCUGGAGGAACCUCAAGGCACUACCCCAGACGGGUAAGAAGGUCCAGCAGCAGCUGAAAUCCCACCUGGCAGCUGUGAGCUUGUCGCCGCUCCAGGACCCCAAGCAAUCGGAGGUGACUCACAGCUCAGGGGACCGGGCAGAUGUUGGGAUCUGGGACAGUCGCAUCUACACAGACCCCUUGGCGGCCACAUCACUUGAAAGCCCCUCACAGUCCCAGGCUCCAAGAGACAGAGAUGAGUCCUCCAGGAGGGCCUCAAGGUCAACCAGCUGGAGUAACGUGACCUCGAGAACCAGGGGUUGGCACCAACCAAUAGUAAGGGCCCUGUCCUCACAAUUGUCUAAAUCGGAGCUGAGGGACUUGGCUGAGCCCCAGGAGGACUGUCUCCCCGAGGAGUACCGCCCACCACCACCCUUUGCCCCUGGGUACUGCUAGAGAAGAGGUUUGCCCUGGCUCUGGGACCAUUGCUGCCGAGGGCUGCUCACACCUGGACUCCUUGCUUUCUGCACACCAGCCCUCUGGACCUGAGAAAUGUAAUAAAGACAUUGCUUAGGUCUGGUCCUGCAAA